GCCUCCCGUCCGCCCUCCGGCAGCCGCACGGGGUCCGGGUCCGCGCGUCCGGGGCGGCUGGGUGCGCGGGCUGGCGGGCGCGGACGGCAGGCUGGGGGCGGCGACGGCUAGGGGCCGCGCGCGGAGGGCGCCGGGCGCAGCAUGGGCGGCCCGCAAGCCUGGGCGCUGCUCUGCCUCGGGCUCCUGCUCCCGGGAGGCGGCGCCGCGUGGAGCGUCGGGGGAGCCCCGUUCUCUGGGCGCAGGAAUUGGUGCUCGUAUGUGGUGACCCGCACCGUCUCGUGCCAUGUGCAGAAUGGCACCUACCUUCAGCGAGUGCUGCAGAACUGCCCCUGGCCUAUGAGCUGCCCGGGGAGCAGCUACAGGACGGUGAUGAGACCCACAUACAAGGUGAUGUACAAGACAGUGACUGCCCGUGAAUGGAGGUGCUGCCCUGGGCACUCAGGGGUGAGCUGCGAGGAAGUUGCAGGCUCCUCUGGCCUCGUGGAGCCUGGGUGGCCAGGCAGCACCAUGCGGAGGAUGGCACUUCGGCCCACAGCCUUCUCAGGUUGUCUCAACUGCAGCAAAGUGUCAGAGCUGACUGAGCGGCUGAAGGUGCUGGAGGCCAAGGUAGCCAUACUGACUGUCAUGGAGCGGGCAAUGUCCCCGACCCCAGUGACCCCUGAGGACCCUGCCCUGCUCUGGGGUUCCCCAGCCGCCCAGGGCAGCCCUGGAGAUCGAGGCCUCCAAGGACUGCCAGGAGCCAGAGAGAGUGUGAGGAUCCCACUGCUCGCUCGAGAUGACCAAGUCAGUGCUCAGGGGCUGCCUGGGCCCACUGGCCCCAAGGGAGACACCGGCAGCCAGGGCCCAGCAGGAAUGAGAGGCCCACCAGGUCCACAGGGCCCUCCAGGGAGCCCUGGCCAGGCUGGAGCCAUGGGUACCCCUGGAGAGAAGGGACCUCCAGGCCCACCAGGGCCUCCUGGGCCCCCUGGCCCCCCAGCCCCCAUGGGGCCAACCCAUACCCAGAUCUCUCAGCAUGGGGACCCAUUACUGUCCAACACCUUCACUGAGACCAGAAGCCACUGGCCCCAGGGACCCACGGGGCCCCCAGGGCCUCCAGGCCCCAUGGGUCCCCCUGGACCUCCUGGCCCUGCAGGUGUCCCUGGGAGUCCUGGACACAUGGGACCCCCAGGCCCCAUUGGACCCAAAGGACUCUCUGGCCACCCAGGAGAGAAGGGAGAGAGAGGACUGCGUGGGGAACCUGGUCCCCAAGGCUCUGAAGGGCUGCGGGGAGAACCUGGCCCCAAGGGAGACCCUGGUGAGAAGAGCCACUGGCAGAACCAGAGCUGGGGUCUGGGGCAGGCCCUGCUGGCACAGGGACCCCCAGCCUCCUUCGGGGCAAGAGGGGAGGACACACAGCCAACUACCGGAUCGUGGCCCCUAGGAGCCGGAAUGAGAGAGGCUGAGGGCGGUGCGGCCCCUGGGGUGGAUCAGGCCAGGCUUCCCAUCCUAGCCUGGACUCAGCCAGCUGCCUCCAGGGACCGCCUGUCGGUAUUUAUUAACAUCCUCAGGGUCUCUUCUGCCAUCCACGUCUUAGGGGUGGACAGGUCUUGGUCCUGGCACCUCACAUACAUAUGAGGCUGAGCAGGGACAAGGGCCCAAGCUACAGAUAAGAGGUGAGGCCUGGGCCUCAGUUUCCCUGUGUGAAAAGAGGUGAUGUGAGCCUUCAAAGUCAAAGUCUCCUUAUCUUCUCAUCAGCUAUGUACCCAUCCCCAAAGACACUAGGAAGUAGGGAGCCAGAAGCGAAUGACCAGAAGGGGCCUCUUCCCCAGCCAAACAGUGGGGAGUGCCCCUGCAACCCACCUAAUUUCCAAUGCUGGGUUCUCAACCCUGAGGUCAGGCUGCCUCGUCCUUGUCCUUGACUGGAUUAUGGGGGGUCCUCACCUCAUUUCUGCCCCCAGUCCUUCCCCAGUGGCCCGGUGGGAGGGUGGGGACAUGGAGAGGAAGGGGCCAUUUGCUCCCAUCAGCAUGUGUGACAGAUCAGGAGGUGGCUAUGUCCUGUCCAAUAAAAGCCCUCACCUGAUCUCACCUAGCCUGGUC